UUCCAAAAUGAGAAGGAAAAGUGUUUUCCUAUUUGUUGGACUCUUCCUUAUUCUUGGUCUCAGCGUGUAAUCUCAGAAUCUCUUCUCCUAAUGGAUGAUCACGGGGAGUGUGGAUUCUCCAGUGACGAGGAAGAUUUGUGUGCCUUAUAUUGUCAUAGGUCCAUGAAAUUCGGUCUAGCUUAUAUUAUUGAGUUGAAAGAAAAAAUCAAAAUACUCGAAGAGAAUCAUUCAGGGAGUGAAAAUAGUCAGCUAAGCAAAGCAGUUGAGAGUUUGCAAAGUAAAAUUGAUCAACAGAAUAUACAGAUAGCUAAUAUUAACGAUUUUAUCACAAACUCAGUCAGGCAGAAAGAGGUGGAUGAGAAAGCCAAAUCUCAAACUGAGAUAGACAAUUUGAAGAGAAAAGUAGAACAAUUGAAAGAGAGUUCAGAAAAUGUUCAACGUCAAGCAGCACAAGAUAAGGAAGAAAGCUUAGCUGAACAAAUAAAUAAAAAUAGAGAAAUAGAGAAUCUAAAAGAGAAAUUAGCUACCCAAAAAUCUGAUUUAGAUAAAGCAAUUAAAGACCUCGAGUCGAAAAACAAGGACUUUGAAGAAUAUCAGACUAAGGAAAAGAAUUCAAACAACAAGAUUGGAGAAUUAAAUUAUGAAAUCUCAUCCUUACAGAAAAAGUUAGAAGAAUAUGAAACUCAGUUGACUGAUUCGAAUCAUUUAGUUGAAAAACAUUCCCUACGACUAAACCAAACUAAGGAAUACUUAAUCGAGUGUCAGAAGAGAAUACCAAAACCCAGCUGUAAAGUCAGAGAACAGAACAGAACAGAGCAGAGAACAGAAAUCGGAUUAAUUUCAAUUUCAUGAAUUCCCGAUGAGAGGCCUUUACAGCUGGGUUUUGAUAUUCUCUUCUGACACUCGAUUAAGUAUUCCUUAGUUUGGUUUAGUCGUAGGGAAUGUUUUUCAACUAAAUGAUUCGA